AUGUCACCACGAAUGUUAAUUCCUUUGUUGAUACCGUCAGUCACCCAACGAGUAACUAGUUUCAAUAGCCCAAUUACGAAUUUGAUACGAAACGUCGAUCUCGUUUGUAAAUCGGAUGCAGAUCAAACGAUGUUUUUAGCGCAUCAGGAACCUAAUGCUGUAAAAAGAAAAGCACCAAAAGAGAAGAAGGAAAAUGGAGAAAAAGGAGAUGCCAAAAGAAUUGAAGCGAAGAAACGACGUUUAGCGCAAAUAGAAGCCAAACAAUCGAAAAGUAAAGCCAAGAAAUUAGCGAAAAUUCGGGAGAGGAAGCAGAAGAAGGAAUCGGUUCGUUCAGAUUACUUCCAGAGAUUUAUUGUUGCGUCAGUAUUUUUCACGCAGCUAGCUUUCAAUGAAAUACAUCGAAGUUGA